ACUUGCACCAUAUACUUCACCGUCAUCAUAACUCUUUUAACCUUUUACCUCUCCCACUUCCUCAGAAUAUACCCAUUUCCAAAAUUUCUACCUUUUGACAGAUUCUGAUUUUGAAAGAACGGAAUGGACGAAGGCACGGGGAGACACCAACACCGGCUCCCACGUUCUCAAAGCAAAUUAAUAAGAAUUAUACGACCAUGGAGUUAGAGGGAGUGUCACUACCGUUGAUCCACAAGCAUCUUAUGAUGCCUUGGAAUGAUCUAAAGAGAGGUGAUUGCUGUGGACGCUCUGGAUUUACCACUGGUGGCUAUUACUGCAAAAGAUGUGACUUUUAUGUCCACAAGAAAUGUGUUGAUGAGUGCUUAGAAUAUAUUGAACACCCAUCUCACACAGUUCACGCUUGUUGGUCGAUAAUUGAGUUCUGUCUAUAUUAAAGUUUCAUGUAUUAAGUGGUUACUUGUCAAGGGACACAAGUACGAAGAGACACAACUCAUUGUGUGUUGUGUCUAUUUGUUUUCUAUAUAAACCCCUUGUAUCGUCAUGUAAAUACCAACAAGUUUCAGUUUCAAUAAAACAAAGUUUUGUUCUUGUCUUCUUCACAAGAGAAGAGAUAUGUCUCUCUUACUCUGUUUUUCUUCUCUCUCUCAAUAAUCCAACAUGGUAUCAGAGCCGAUGGUUGUCCUUGGUUGUCUCUACAAAAAUAAGAUGUCUUCUGCUGCG